AUGGCGGGGAGGGGAAGGAGACGGAUCUCGCCACGCUCGGCAACCUCUGCGUCGACGUCGUGCUCAGCGUGCCCUGCCUCCCGCCCGCGCAGCGCGAAGAGCGCCUGGCCUACAUGGAAGGCCUGGCCGCCUCGCCGCCCGACCAAAUAUUGGGAGGCUGGUGGGAACUGCAAUUUGGCCUUUGCUGCAGCUAGGCUUGGGCUUCGCUGCUCCACACUGGGACAUGUAGGAGAGGAAAUUUAUGGAAAGUUUCUUCUUGAUGUGCUUGAGGCCGAAGGCAUUAGCGUUGUUGGGAUGCUUGAAAAUGCUGAUGUUACUGCAUGUCGACAAGCCUAUGAGACGCUUCUAUGCUGGGUUCUUGUAGAUCCAUUUCAAAGACAUGGAUUCUGCAGCCGUGCAGACUUUAGUAAAGAGCCAGCUUUCAGUUGGAUACGUAAACUUCCAGCAGAAACCAAGAUAGCCAUUCAUCACUCUAAAAUAUUGUUUAGCAAUGGAUAUGCUUUUGAUGAAUUUUCCCCUGAUGUGAUUGCAUCUGCUAUUGAUUGUGCGAUUGAUGCGGGAACAUCAGUAUUCUUUGAUCCUGGGCCUCGUGGAAGAUCUCUCUUACAUGGGAACCGGGAUGAACAGAGAGCACUGGAGCACGCUCUGAGGCUCAGCGAUGUUCUCCUUUUGACGUCAGAUGAGGCUGAGUCCCUAACCAACAUCGGAAACCCAAUUCAGGCAGGGCGAGAAUUGCUAAGAAGAGGAACCCGAACAAAAUGGGUUGUCAUCAAAAUGGGUUCUAAGGGCUCAAUCAUGAUCACCGAAAGUGCUGUUUCAUGUGCACCUUCUUUUAAGAUCCGCGUCAUGGACACGGUUGGAUGCGGAGAUAGCUUCACUGCUGCUAUAGCUUUCGGGUUCCUCCACGGGUUGCCGGCGAUUAGCACACUAGCACUAGCAAAUGCAGUUGGUGCUGCGACCGCCACCGGAUGUGGAGCAGGUAGGAAUGUCGCUCACCUAGAUAAAGUACUGAAUCUCUUGAGAGAGUCCGAUAUCAACGAGGAAGGAAAAACAUGGACCGAGUUGAUUGAAGGAUGCUCUGCCUGUCCUGAAGUUUCAGUCCUGUCCAAGACGCCAGUCAAUGGUUCCAAUGACCGCUUUGUGAAUGUUGUCCCUGUUAGCGGUGUGGUUUCCGACCUUUUGUCGAUGCUAGAGGUGGCACCGGAGCGAAGCACCAUCCAGGCUUAA